AUGUCCGACUCGAAUCCGCCUCUGUCUGCGCCUCCCUCUGCGUUCUCUCUACCGGCUCCCGCCGCUUCCGAGGCUCUCAACCUGGGCGGCGCGUAUCUCUAUCGUCUGUUCAACGGCUCUGGAGAUGACUCCGCUAUCGAGGCGCCGCCAUUCCACUCGACGUACUAUCACGGCGAAGCGGUAGCAACUAGUGCGGCUGGCGUGCCUCCAGACCUGUGGGCUCCACCGCAUGCCUUCGUGCCCGAAUCAUCUGCGGUUGCUGCUGAGGAUAUUCCUAGCUCGGCGUAUCCGCCGACCCCCGUCUCUUACAAGAUGCAGCUGUCCGACCUCGUCGCGCUGACGAAAAGAAUUCGGGGGGCGAAGGACGUACAGGACGCAGGUCGCGCGUCGUCUUCCUUCGUCAAAUACGAGGAUGCGACAGAGACUGGCGAUGGUUUGGCUCAAACGCACGCCUCACCACAGAGCUUAGGCAUCGGCCGUCCUCAGCCUGGAGAGUCGGCAAGCGACAGCAGCAAUGCAUUUGUCGCAGACGACCGCGUUGCUCCCGGAAUGGUGGUUGAUGGGGAGGAGACUAGUGAGGAUGAAGACGAGGCCGUCACGCCUUGCGGAGAGAUGGAGAUGUUCAUCGGGCAUAGACGGCCCGUCGGUCAACCAGCUGGCAUCUGUGUAAAGCAAGAGGGCCGCGAUGAACCGGCGAUAGCGGAUGGGAUGUCAGAGGAGUCGUAG